UGAUUACGGAUAUAUGGUAUUGGAUGAACAUAGAAUGGUUUCACAGGAAUUAUUAUUAUUAUCCAGUUAGGUGUUGUACAAGACAUUAAACCCCUUUUAAUGUUAAACGGUAUCUUAUCUGUAGAUGUGGUAAAAUACUUUACCUCAUACUCCUUUUGUGUGUCUUUUUUUCUAGAUUGUCCACCUGCAUGGGGUCUGCAUGACUAUCUCAGCUUGAAGUUUAAAUAGGGGUUCUUACAUGACGUUAGCUCUUGUUUCCUAAAGAAAAAGAUCAUUCUAUUCUGCCAAAUUAUAUAUCGGUAUUGACCAGACUACUUACCAUGAAAAUCCUUGUUGCUCUCUCUAACUUACCCCUACUUUAUUUCACCCUCUUUUUUAAAAAUCUUUUCAUUGGAGGUUUUUUCCAAUCAAUAGGCAAAUUUGCACCAUACAGAUUUUACAUAUUGCCUAUUUUUUACAGGUUCAUACACUCAUGCGGAGCUGCAGAUGAUGGUGAGGAUUGUCCGAAGGAUAUCUCUGAAGAUGAACCAACAAUUCCAUUUGCACUCGAUAUUUCAGACCCAGAUAUGGAUAAGAUUUCUACGUUCAAUGGGAUAGACGAUGGUAUAAGUUACAGACAGUAUUUUGCAAAACCUAGGUUUCAGAUUACGGCAGUUACAGAUGAAGGAACGCCAAUAUGGAUAGCAGGGCCGGGAAUUGAUUUUGUUUCCGUUGUCUUAUUUUCUGACGAAUAUCAUAUUAUUUUGGUUGUAGAGCUUGAUAUUGAUAAAUAUGAGGUCUCAAAGUAUUUUCAAAGAGUCAAUGGAGAAUGGAAGGAAAUCUCAGAGGCUGAAUAUGACGAUAUUGUUGACGACAUGAUGGAAGAAUCAGAUGAGUCUAAUACUGAAUAA